GUUUAGAAUCGGGGAAUUCCGGUAUCGGUUAGGGCACGCGAAUCUCCUGCUCACCGAUUUCUCUCCAUUCAAGCUAGUGGGAACUCGAAGCCAGCAAGUUUCUAUCUGGCAGAGAACUUUUUGGCUCGGCCAUAAGGUAGGAUUAAUCUCCAUUUCGACGUGACUUGAGCUUCAACUUCAAAUCGCCAUUCAUAUCGCAAUAAAGUAUCAUUAGUUCGUCGUUUCAAACUGAAGCUCUCCAAAAACCCUAGAAAAUGUCGGGCGGGUUCUUUCGAGGAACUUCUGCUGAUCAGGACACCCGGUUUUCGAACAAGCAAGCCAAGCUUCUGAAAUCGCAAAAAUUCGCUCCCGAAUUGGACCAUCUGGUGGACACAACCAAAGUGAAGAUGGACGUUAUCAGACCCUGGAUUGCGACUAGGGUAACCGAGCUUCUUGGGUUUGAAGAUGAAGUUUUAAUAAACUUCAUAUAUGGUCUGCUUGAUGGAAAGGAGGUGAAUGGGAAGGAGAUUCAAAUAUCACUUACUGGAUUCAUGGAAAAGAAUACUGGAAAGUUCAUGAAGGAGCUUUGGACACUUCUCAUCAGUGCACAGAAGGCUGACAAAGGCAUUCCGCCACAAUUAUUGGAUGCUAAAGCAGAAGAAGUCAGGAAAAAGAAGGCAGAGGUAGAUAGAAUUACAAGUGAAAUAAUGAAGAAAAAGGAGAGGGAAAGUAGAGAAAUUGAGGAGGAGAGAUUGAAGAAGCUGGACGGUGGUGUUGAACCAAAGGCCACGGAUUCUGUCUUGGAGCCAAUUGCAAAGCAUAUGUCGCCAAAACAUUUGGGUGCCAAUCCUGCGGAGAAAGCAGCUAAUGAGCGGAAUGGUGUGAGAGGAAGGAGCAGGGUUUCAAGAUCCCCGCAUUCAACUAAUCAUUUCCCUUCUUUUCCUCGUGAUUCUCGUUCUCGAUCAAGGAGCAAAUCAUUUUCUAAUUCUAGAAGUUACUCAGGUGGUAGGCACAAGUCCAAGAGUAUAUCAAGAUCACCUAGACCACGAGGGCAUUCUAUAUCCUCUGAUAAGUUGUAUCGCUCUCCAAGAAAGCAAUCUAUUACACCACGUCGUAGGGGUUCACCACGGGCCUCUGUUUCUCCUUCAAGACGAAGGUCAUCAUAUUCUAAGAGAAGAUCUAGGUCACCUUGGAAAUCACCAUCUCCGCUACGACGAAAACUACGUUCUCCUUAUCGACGUAGAUCACCAUCACCUAUUCGACGACGCAGGUCACCAUCACCUAUUCGACGUCGUAGGUCCCCCUCCAUUAGUCGACGCCGUAGAUAUUUGUCACCUCCUCGGCGUAGAUCACCCUUAUCCAUGCGACGCAGGUCACCAUCACCAAGCUGGCGUAGAUCCCCAUCGCCAGCACGACGUAGGUCCCCCUCCCCAAGUCGACGAAGGUCCCCAUUGUCGAGUCGGCAUAGGUCCGUGUCACCUAGGUGGCGUAGGUCAUUGUCACCAGACCAAAGGAGGUCCUUAUCACCAAGUGGACAAAGGUCGUCUUCACCAAGCCAACAAAGGUCCUUGUCACCAGGUCGAGGAAGCUCACUAUCCCCAAAAAAAUGUUACUCUCCAUCAUUAGGCCGGCGCAAGAUGCUAGGAGUAGUUCGACGUCGUUCGUUGUCAUCCGAGCAAGACAGAUCAUUAUCCCCAAGGCGGCGUAGAUCACCAUCCCCUGUGCGGCGUAGAUCACCGUCCCCUGUGCGGCGUAGAUCACCGUCUCCUGUGCGGCGUAGAUCACCGUCCCCCGUGCGACGUAGAUCACCGCCCCCCAAGCAACAUAAAUCACCAUCUCCAACACAAUGGCGACACCGUGAAUCGUCAUUCAGUCCACGACGUAUAUCUCCAUCACCAACAAGAUACAGGUCACCUAUGCCUGGUCGCAGGUCAAGAACUUUGACUAAAGGUCGAUCCCCUUCACCUAAUGGGUCAAGUUCUCCAAGUCCUAUUCGCCAUAAAUCAACUACACCAGUUAGGAAGAUAUCAUCUGCGGACCAUAAGGGAUUAUCACCCUUGCCAUCGUCUAAAGAACGAAACAGAUCGCAUGGGAGGUCAUCUACAGUAGCUCAUCCAGUUGCUAGUUACCCAAGGUCACCACGAAAAAAUCCAAAUGAUCAAAAAUAUUUAUCUAAUCAAGUAUUGGCUUCACCCCUCUCGCCAGAGAGGUCUCCACAGCAUGCACGAAAAGCCUUAGCCAGUGAAAACAGGAGAUCAGCCAGUCCAUGUGAGAAUGAUACAAGGCAAACAAGGGAUCGGAUAAUCUUUGAUGGCAACUCCAGUCCACAAAAGUCAGGGGAACUGAAACCUCGUUAUGAUAGCUCAGAAACAAGCGGAAGGGAUAAAGAACCCAGUUACACUAGGGAAGAUUGGGAUCAUGCGUCUAAGUCUGCAAAUAAAAGAUCUAUGAACUCAUCUCUGGCUGGUAAACUGAAAGAUUCACCUGGAAAGGUCCAUUAUUCUGAAUCUAAAAUGGACAUAGAAAGAAAGAGUGAGAAGUCUUCAGGAAGGAAUUUUCACCAUGAAAUACCAGAUCAACAAAGGCCUCCAUCAUCAUGUAAGGAUUCUGGUGAAGGUUUAAAAUCUGAGGACAGGAAUCAAUCUUUUCAAAAUAAAAUAAAGGACAGCGGCCAACACAAGCCAGAUAGAGAGCUGAUGUUGAUUGAAAAACCUGAUCGUGAUAGUAAGAGCAAUAAUACCAGUUCUGGUUCUGACGAAAGUGAUAAGCACAGAACCAAGGAGAGAGGAAAGAGAAAGCAUAAAAGAUCUGAGAGGAGAGAAAUGGUUUCAGAUGAGAGCAGUUAUGAUUCUGAAGUAGAGGAUAGGAAGGAGGCUAAGAGGAGGAGGAGGGAAGAAAAGAAACAGAGGAAGGAGGAAAAGCGUCGCCGACGGGAGGAGCGUCGUCGUAAAAGGGAAGAACGACGUGCAGAGAAGAAGAAAUUGAAGAAUCAAAAUUAUUCUGAUGCUUCAGAUAGUGAAAGCAUUCGAAGGAGGGGCUCUCAUCCCAGUGACAAUGAAGAGACAGAGUCUGAGCAGAAGAAGCUUGAGAUUGAGUUACGGAAUAGGGCACUUGAGUCACUGAAAGCAAAGAAGGGUGUCAAUCGUUAAAUAUUUUGCUGCCGUGGGAUAAUAAUAUAUUUUACUAUCUUAAUUGUGUUUAUCAGUAUCUUUUUGGACUCUUCCCUAGGAAUUUUAUAUGUUUUGAUUAUGACAAUCAAUAUCUCUCUAGAGCUUUCUAGGAAUUUUAUGUUCCGAUGGGAAGAUUUUUGAUAUGGGUGGCGACUGUUUAAUCUAGUCUGUGUUUACUGCUGG